CGCCCCAGCCAGGUCCACCCCCGGUCUGCGGAGACCUGGCGAGCCGCAGCCCCCGAGCGGCUGCCUAUAUAAGUCACCCGGCGCUGGCAGGGCGCACGGGAGCUUCCAGCCAGCGAGCCUUGGUCCUCCCCGGCGCGAGGGCGGGAAGACGAGAGGUGCGCCCGGUUCCACCUGCAGCCACUGCCCGCGCGCCGCCCAAGCUGCGAGCGUCCCCCGCCUCUCUGAAGUCAGGAAGCCGGUUUGCUGUCCCAGCGGGACAGGGGAGGAGAGGCAGGGAGAAAUUCCACCUUGCGGGGGCCCGAGUCCUUCGUCCUUGCGCCCGCUCGUCGCUCCGCAAUUUGAGCGAAGAUGGUGGGCCUGACAGCCUCGGACGUGCCCCCGACCAUGGCGGUCAAGAUCGUCUCUGCUGGCGUGGCGGCCUGUGUGGCGGAUGUGAUCACCUUCCCGCUGGACACGGCCAAAGUCCGGCUACAGAUCCAAGGCGAAUGCCAGACCUCCAGCACCAUUAAGUACAGAGGUGUCCUGGGAACAAUCACCACUCUGGCAAAAACAGAAGGGCCGAUGAAACUCUAUAGUGGGCUGCCUGCUGGCCUCCAGAGACAAAUAAGCUUUGCCUCUCUUAGGAUCGGCCUCUAUGACACCGUCCAGGAGUUCUUCAGCGCAGGGGAAGAAACAACAGCUGGUUUAGGAAGCAAGAUCUCAGCUGGUCUAACGACUGGAGGAGUAGCAGUAUUCAUAGGGCAACCCACAGAGGUCGUGAAGGUCAGACUUCAAGCACAGAGCCAUCUGCAUGGUCUCAAACCCCGAUACACCGGGACUUACAAUGCUUACAGAAUUAUAGCAACAACGGAAGGCCUGACAGGCCUUUGGAAAGGGACUACUCCCAAUCUGACGAGAAAUGUCAUCAUCAAUUGUACAGAGAUAGUUACUUAUGAUCUAAUGAAGGAGGCCCUCGUGAAAAACAAACUACUAGCAGAUGACCUACCCUGCCACUUUGUGUCAGCUCUCAUCGCCGGAUUUUGCACAACUGUUCUGUCCUCUCCAGUGGAUGUGGUAAAAACCAGAUUUGUUAAUUCUCCACCAGGACAGUACACAAGUGUGCCCAACUGUGCAAUUACAAUGCUCACUAAAGAAGGACCACUGGCUUUUUUCAAAGGAUUUGUACCUUCCUUCUUGCGACUCGGAUCCUGGAACGUCAUUAUGUUUGUGUGCUUUGAACAGCUGAAGAGGGAACUGAUGAAGUCAAGGCAGACCAUGGACUGUGCCACAUAAUCGUCUUCAGGAAAAGGAUGUAACACAAUGGUGGGAAUCUGUGCUGACUGACCAGAUAAUUAACAUCCAAAACAAACAGAA